AUGUUGGCGUAUGAGUGGUCAUCUGCUGAUCAGGUGGACGAGAUUGCUCAAAUGGGGAAGUCCACUAUUUUGGAGAGCUUGAUGCGAUUUUGUGAUGCAAUGGAAACUCUGUACACCAUAGACUACCUGCGCAGACCUACGCCCAGGGACCUGCAACGGCUUCUACAAAAAGCCGAGUCUCGAGGAUUUCCUAGAAUGAUUGGUAGCAUUGACUGCAUGCACUGGCAAUGCAAGAUUUACCCAACUGCUUGGCAAGGGGAUUAUGGAAAUAAGAAAGGGCAGAAAAGUAUCAUCCUUGAAGCCGUUGCUGGAUUCGAUACAUGGGUUUGGCACGCCUUCUUCGAAGUUACCGGAUCUCAAAAUGACUUGAACGUCCUGGGUCAAUCCCCGGUGUUCAAUGAUGUUUUGAGAGGUGAAGCCCCGAAUAUCACCUAUGAAAUCAAUAAUACUAUCUACCAUAAUGGUUAUUAUCUAGCUGACGACAUCUACCCGAGGUGGACAACAUUUGUGAAAUCAAUUCCACAUCCCCGAUCCCAUAAGCAAAAAUUAUUUGCUGCUUAUCAAGAGGGUUACAGAAAAGAUUUGGAGAGGUGCUUUGGUAUCCUCCAAGCCCGGUGGGCUAUUAUUAGGGGCGCGACGCGUCUGUUUGAUGAGGAGGUGCUGAGGAGCAUAAUGAUGACAUGCAUCAUCCUCCUUAACAUAAUUGUGGAGGAUGAGUAUGAUUACGAUGCUGCAGACGUGUACGAACUGGAUCCCAUGAAAACAACCUUGACACGAAUUUAUGAAAAACUCAUAGGGCCAAAUAGAGAACUAGUGCAGCAUGAACCAUUGGUUAGGGACGGUAGUUUCAUGCCCCGUAUGAUUGAUCGAUAUACGGAGAUGCAAUCGUCGUAUAUUCAUUAA